AGCCUUUUUAAAAAAAAAAAAAACCCAAGUUUUCUUCCUUUUCCCCUAUAAAUCUCCUAUAUCUUCUCUUUUUGUUCAAUCUUACCUAAAACAGUUGAUCAAAACAAUAUUGAAAGCUGAGCAAACAUGGGUGGUUGUGCUACCAAGCCCAAGGUUUUGAAGGGUGACGAACCCGAGAUCCCUGCUCCAGCACCGUCGAAAGAGGCGGUUCCCGAACCAAAGGAGGCUGCUCUUGUUGUUGCUGCUGAUGGUGAAAAGAAGGUGGAAGCUAAUGAGGUUGCUAAGGACAAAGAUGUUAUCGAUGAUGAUGCCAUUGAUGAUCAAUCAAACAAGAGACGAUCUCUUAGUAACUUGUUCCAAGAGAAAGAAAAGGGGACAGCUGAGAGUGAUACCACACCAUCAGAGCCAAUGAAAAACGAUACACCGGAGUCAGCGCUCCAAGAAUCUUCGGAAAUAGCUAAACAAGAGUCGUUGGAGCCCGUGUCUAUUCCUUCCGGGAACAUAGAAUCAGCUCAAGCAGUGCCCAAGGCAGUAGCAGCAGCAGCAGCAGUUGUGAAUGUGCCGGAGACACAAAGCAAAGAAACGUCAGCCGGCGAAAAGAAAGGCGAGAUGCUAGUAGCAAACUGAAGUAUGAGCAGUAAUGUUGAAUUAGGUGUGUGAUAUAAUUGGAAGAAAUGAAAAAUCCUACUACUAGGAGGGAAAGCUGCUGUAUAUGUUUGUCGUAGAACCAAGUAAUUCACUUGGUUUAUGGACAUCUUUUGGGUGAACUUUGUAUUUUGUUGUUCUUGAAACAUUUAUUAUCGUUCCUAAGAAAUUGUUUUUGGAUAUCAUUAUCCUACUUGUUCAUAUGGGAUCCUUAGAUUGAAAAUAUGUUCAAUGAUUCAGUUCAUGCAGCAGAACCCUGUUUUAAGAGUUUUGAUGUUUGGCUUCCACAAGUUGGCUUGUAAUUGUUUGUAAGAGAAUGUGGGUGUUCAUUUCUUUGUAGAA